CGCGGGGCGCGGGGAGCGCGGGCGGCGGCGGCAGCGCACGGGACGCUCUAGGACCCAGCGGCGGUGGUCCGGUUUGGGGCUGGAGGGGAAGCCUCGGCGUGUCUCCUCUUCCUUGUGAAUGGGGCUGCUUGUCGGGCGCCGCUUCCCCAGGCUGCCACACGCCAUGCCCGGCGCGCUGCCUGGCCGCCGCCUUCCCCAGCCGCGGCACUGAACUAGCCAUGAUCGCCUCAUGUGGAGGGCAAAGUUGCGGCGGGGAACUUGUGAGUCUGCGGUGAAAGGUCCCCCUCCUGCCUGUUACAGCCCCAGUAGUCCCAUCCAGAUUCUGGAAGACCCCAACUACUUUUUCCCAGACUUUCAGCUCUAUUCUGGGAGGCAUGAAGCAUCUUUGACGGUGGAGGCAAACAGUAGCAUCAGGGAAAAAGUUGUUGAGGAUCCUCUUUGUAACUUCCACCCGCCGAACUUCCCGAGGAUCUCAGAGGUGGAAAUGAGAGGUUCCGAGGAUGCGGCAGCUGGAACAGUGUUACAGCGGCUGAUCCAGGAGCAACUGCGCUAUGGUACCCCGACCGAGAACAUGAACUUGCUGGCCAUUCAGCACCAGGCCACAGGGAGUGCAGGACCAGCCCACCCCACAAACAACUUUUCUUCCACGGAAAACCUCACUCAAGAAGACCCACAAAUGGUCUACCAGUCGGCACGCCAGGAACCGCAGGGUCAGGAACACCAGGUGGACAACACGGUGAUGGAGAAACAGGUGCGGUCCACGCAGCCUCAGCAGAACAACGAGGAACUGCCCACGUAUGAGGAGGCCAAAGCGCAGUCCCAGUUCUUCCGGGGGCAGCAGCCGCCGCCGCCGCAGCAGCAGCAGCAGGGGGCUGUGGGUCACGGCUACUACAUGGCCGGGGGUGCCAGUCAGAAGGCGCGGACUGAGGGCAGGCCCACGGUGAACCGCGCCAACAGCGGACAGGCGCACAAGGACGAGGCGCUGAAGGAACUCAAGCAGGGCCACGUCCGCUCUCUCAGUGAGAGGAUCAUGCAGCUGUCGUUGGAGAGGAACGGUGCAAAGCAACACCUCCCUGGCCCAGGGACCGGAAAGGGGUUCAAGGCAGGCGGGGGGCCCUCCCCAGCCCAGCCUGCAGCUAAAGUGCUGGACCCCCGAGGUCCUCCACCCGAGUACCCCUUCAAGACCAAGCAAAUGAUGUCCCCGGUGGGCAAGACCCAGGAGCAUGGACUUUUCUACAGUGACCAGCACCCGGGGAUGCUCCACGACAUGGUCAAGCCUUACCCUGCUCCCCAGCCUGCGAGGACAGAAGUGGCCGUCCUGAGGUACCAGCCACCCCCAGAGUAUGGGGUAACGAGCCGCCCCUGCCAGCUUCCUUUCCCGUCAACGGUGCAGCAGCACAGCCCGAUGUCCUCCCAGAACUCCUCCGUCAGCGGGCCGUUGCACUCGGUGUCCCUGCCACCUCCACCUCCGAUGACCCUGGCAGCCUCGCAGCCCACGCCAGCCGCCUCCCCCAGCCAGCAGCUUGGUCCGGAUGCGUUUGCGAUCGUGGAGCGAGCCCAGCAGAUGGUGGAGAUCCUAACGGAGGAGAACCGGGUGCUGCACCAGGAACUUCAGGGUUACUACGACAACACCGACAAGCUCCACAAGUUUGAAAAAGAACUUCAGAGAAUCUCGGAAGCCUAUGAGAGCCUGGUCAAGUCUACCACCAAGCGAGAGUCGCUGGACAAGGCGAUGAGAAACAAACUCGAAGGCGAGAUUCGAAGGCUCCAUGAUUUCAACAGAGACCUCCGAGACCGACUGGAGACUGCCAACAGGCAGCUGUCCAGCAGGGAGUAUGAUGGACACGAAGACAGAGCGGCGGAGGGGCUUUACGCUUCCCAGAACAAAGAAUUCUUGAAGGAAAAGGAGAAGUUAGAAAUGGAGUUAGCGGCAGUGCGGACCGCGAGUGAGGACCACCGGAGACACAUCGAGAUCCUGGACCAGGCUCUGAGCAACGCCCAGGCCAGGGUCAUCAAGCUGGAAGAGGAGCUCCGAGAGAAGCAGGCAUACGUGGAGAAGGUUGAGAAGCUGCAGCAGGCCCUGACCCAGCUGCAGUCUGCCUGCGAGAAGCGGGAGCAGAUGGAGCGGAGACUGCGCACCUGGCUGGAGAGGGAGCUGGACGCCCUGAGGACCCAGCAGAAACACGGAAACGGCCAGCCAGCCAGCCUGCCGGAAUACAAUGCCCCAGCCCUCAUGGAACUCGUAAGGGAGAAGGAAGAGCGGAUCCUGGCGCUGGAGGCUGACAUGACCAAGUGGGAGCAGAAGUACGUAGAGGAGAGCGCCAUCCGGCACUUCGCCAUGAACGCUGCAGCCACUGCAGCGGCCGAGAGGGACACCACGAUCAUCAACCACUCGAGGAACGGCAGCUAUGGCGAGAGCUCGCUGGAGGCCCACAUCUGGCAGGAGGAGGGGGAAGUGAUGCAGGCCACCAGGAGAUGUCAGGACAUGGAGUACACUAUUAAAAAUCUCCAUGCCAAAAUCAUAGAGAAGGAUGCCAUGAUUAAGGUCCUCCAGCAGCGAUCCCGUAAAGACGCCGGGAAGACGGACUCCUCCAGCCUGCGGCCCGCUCGCUCUGUCCCGUCCAUCGCUGCAGCCACUGGGACUCACUCCCGCCAGACCUCGCUCACCAGCAGCCAGUUAGCCGAGGAGAGGAAGGAGGAGAAGACCUGGAAGGGGAGCAUAGGGUUGCUGCUGGGGAAGGAGCCCCACGAACACGCAUCCACCCCCGUGCUGCCCACCCCGCCUGCCACAGCACUAUCUCCUGCGGCCCUUGUCGCCUCAGCCAGCAGCGCCCACGCGAAGACAGGCAGCAAGGACAGCAGCACACAGACGGACAAGAGCGCCGAGCUCUUCUGGCCCAGUGUGGCCGCCCUGCCCACGCGCGGCCGGCUGAGCGGAACCCCUUCCAACAGCCCGGUCCUGAAGCACCCAGCGGCCAAGGGCACAGCAGAGAAGCUGGAGAAUUCUCCUGGCCACGGGAAGUCACCUGACCACAAAGGUCGCGUCAGCAGCUUGCUCCACAAGCCCGAGUUCCCUGACGGGGAGAUGAUGGAAGUUCUCAUCUAACACCGGCAUCCCUGUUGAAUUUUGCAACAGAACAUUGACAAGCAAAGAAUGUGGCAAAGAGAAAGAAAGAUCAAGAAGGUUGUGGAUGGGAAAUCAGGAAUGAUUUGAACUGAUCAGCAUUUCAGAUUAAUGAGAACACUUUUUAUAAAUGUUAAAAACAAAACAAAAACAGGAGGCCUACAUGACUGAAAAUGAAGAGGAUGUCGUGGAUUUUUACUGCAUAUGGUGGAAGAGAGAAGAUGCAUGUAGGUUUGGAAACAAAGAAGAAAUAGGAAAUGGAAUUUUUCCGUUGUACAGAAAAUGUAUCUCUUGGGGAGGGUCUGUGUACACCCAUUCUCUGGUUAUAAACAGAUAAACCUAAGCAUGGAUCUUCCUUGAAA